CAUCUCCCUAGGUUGCCAGUUUUGAUGCCAAGUCCAACGCAGCCCAACAAUGAAACUCAACCAUGGAUUCGGAUGAAUUUGAUGAAUUCGACGAUGAUAUCGCCUACGAGGACCUGAUCCUUGCCGUUAGUCAGGCGCCUGGUCGAAGUGAGCUUUCAAAGCCCCAUACAGGACCCUUCCAACCACCUGUAUCAUGGCCCUCUGUGGCAGCAGCUCAAGAUGGCUUCACUUCACGCCAGAUGUCAAAUGAGAGCUCAGCGAAUACUCAAGCAGCUCAAUUCAUCGACCUAGACGACUUUCCCUCAGAUGCAUUCUCAAGCUCUCCCAUCGGCAAUGUGACUCCUCGAGAUGCUCGUCCGGGACCACAAGUGGCGGGCCCUGUGCAAAACUACAGGCAGACUACUCUCUUCGGCACACCCAUACAGGGUAAUGGGGACUCUGGAUCGAGCCAACGGCUCAAUAGCAACAGAGUUUUCCGUGCUGACAUGCCACCCGAAGCUCCCACACACCAUGAAAUCGAUCUUCAGGCCAUGAAAACCUGGGUUUAUCCCACAAAUCUUGGCCCUAUCCGAGACUAUCAGUACAGCAUUGUCAAGAACGGUCUUUUCCACAAUACCCUUGUUGCUCUUCCGACUGGGCUGGGGAAGACUUUUAUCGCGGCCACCGUUAUGCUGAACUUCUUCCGCUGGACCAAGACAGCCAAAAUCAUCUUCGUGGCACCGACCAAGCCUCUUGUUUCUCAGCAAGUUGAUGCCUGCUUCAAAAUCGUGGGAAUCCCCAGGUCGCAAACUACUCUGCUGACGGGCGAGGUUCCGCCUGCUCUACGGGCUGAAGAAUGGGCCACCAAACGAGUCUUCUUCAUGACCCCUCAAACACUGGAGAACGAUCUUUCACGCGGCAUCGCAGACCCGAAAUCAAUAUGUCUGCUUGUGGUUGACGAAGCUCACAGAGCUACUGGGAAUUAUGCAUACGUCAAAGUGGUGAAUUUCAUCCGGCGGUUCUCAAAAAGUUUUCGCAUCCUCGCACUGACUGCUACCCCGGGUUCCAAAGUGGAAGCUGUUCAAGAAGUAAUCGACAGUCUGGGAAUUUCCCAUGUGGAGAUCCGUACGGAGGAAUCACUUGACCUCAGGCCAUAUGUUCACCGAAGAGAUGAAAAUAUCAUUGCUCUCGAUCCCUCGGAGGAGAUGAAUCGGGUUAAGGACCUGUUUUCAAAAGCCUUGAAACCCCUUGUGGAUAAACUGAGUCAGCAAAACAUCUACUACGGUCGCGACCCUAUGUCUCUUACAACCUACGGCUUAAUGCAGGCCAGGAAGGACUGGUUAAGCCACGGGGGACAACAUGUCAAUCAAGGCGUCAAAUUUAUGAUGGUGGCCAUUUUCACCAUCCUACAAAGUCUGGCUCAUUCCAUAAAGUUGCUGAACUUCCAUGGCAUCAAGCCAUUCUAUGACAAUAUGAUUCAGUUCAGGGACGAAACCGAGGGGAAGGGCGAGAAGGGGUCCAAGAAUAAGCGCCAGGUUAUUGAGUCACCUGAAUUCCAGAAGAUGAUGAGCACCUUAAGAAAUUGGGUGAGCAAGGAUAGUUUCGUUGGCCACCCAAAGCUGAUAAGUUUGUGUGAUACUGUUCUGAACCACUUCAUGGAUGCGGAUGAAGGUCGAGAAGGCAUUCGGUCUUCUAAUACGAGAAUCAUCGUCUUCAGUGAGUACCGAGACAGUGCAGAAGAAAUCGUGCGAGUACUCAACCGCCACAAACCCAUGAUUCAGGCUGCGGUGUUUGUUGGACAAGCAGAUACGAAGAACUCCGAGGGCAUGAAGCAAUCGGAACAAAUCGACCGAAUCAAGAAGUUCAAGGACGGAACGUUCAAUGUGUUGGUCGCCACUUCGAUUGGUGAAGAAGGUCUAGACAUAGGUCAGGUUGAUCUCAUCAUAUGUUACGAUGCUUCUGCCUCGCCCAUCAGGAUGCUGCAACGAAUGGGACGAACGGGAAGGAAAAGAGCUGGCCGGGUCGUUCUCCUGCUCAUGCGUGGCAAAGAGGAGGAUAACUACGCAAAAUCUAAGGAUGGCUACGAGAAGAUGCAGCUCAUGAUUUGUGAGGGGAGUCGCUUCGCCUUCCGCCAUGACCUGUCUACACGAUUCGUCCCACGGGACAUUAAACCCGAAGUCGACAAACAACUUAUAGAGAUUCCCAUUGAGAAUACACAGAACGACUCGCUCCCAGAGCCGAGAAAGGGCAGAGCUAGAAAGAAGAUGCCCCGGAAAAAAUUCAAUAUGCCCGACGGUGUCGAUACUGGCUUUAUCAGUGUGGCAUCAAUGCUCGGGAAACGGCCCAGCAAGCCAGCCAAACCCAAACAGUCUGUCGAGGAGAUGGAUGUAACUGACAUCCCUGAACUCACAAAAGUGCUACUAAACGACGAACAAACCAACGAAUUGCGUCGCAUCUAUCAAAAUUUGCCCUUCUACCAGGACAAGCCGGAAGUAAUCGAGACAGUAGAUAUGACGGCCAACCCUCUUGCGCAAAGAGUGCUCCGUAAAUCUGCGCACUUAGAACACGGUGAGCAUACCAAGCGUUGGGUAAAGCUCUUCCGAACUUUGGGCAAAUCCCAAUCGAACCUCGAUCAAUACAGCAAGCCAUAUGGAGAAACGGACCAGAGCCAAUACGACAAGCUCCCGCUUCCAAAUGAUGUAUCUGAUUCGGAACUGGAAUCACCACCACCGCCGCCGCCCCGGAAGAAAAUCAGGGCAUCUUUGUUUCCCGACAAUGACGAGUUAGAAGGUAUCAUCAUUGACACGAGCCAAGCCAAAAGCUGCAAACAAAGGCCGCAACCAGCCCCUAAACCUAGGAAGGGACCUCAACAAAGAAAGCAGGUUCAACCCCCCUUCUCAGAUACCCUCUUAGAGGCGGAAGACGAAAAUGCAACCGAAUAUGAUUCGCCGAGACCCCGGCAACGUCAAAAGGCGCCGCCAAAGAAAUUAUCAGCGAAAACAACAAAAGGCAAAGGCAGCCGAGCAUUAAGCAAACGACAGGCGCACGCAUACGACGAGAGUGCGGACGAAGGAGACGACUGCAGGCGCACAAGCGACCUUGAACUGUCGGUUGAUUCAGAUGAUGGUUCAGAUCUCGUUGACUUCGUGGUAGAUGAUGACAUGGCUACCUCUAGCAUGCAGCCCACGUCGAGCUUGCGGCAGCGCUCCACAUCCCCUACAUCACUUUCAGCGUCAUCUGUGCUCCCUGCACGGCGCAAACCCUUUUACGAGCCCAUAGUGCUGUCGGCCACUCAGGAGAGUGAUGAUAUGCCGUCGAUGAGUCAGCUCGCUGGCAAGAAAAGGCCGCAGGCAAGGGAUAAGACGACAGCCGGAGAAUCAGAAGAUUCUGAUGAUGAAGUUGUGCAGAGGGCGGGACGUCAGACGAAGAGACGGCUUGUUCUCAACGAAGAUGACGAAAGUGAUGAAUGAAGCCACGCAUAGCCCUGAUAUUUAUAACUCUGCUGUAGUAUAAACAGGAUUUGUAUAGACAGGAUUAAAAU